AUGGGGAAGAAUACCGACGAGGAGCAGAAUCUCCCUGGGAACGACGGAGCCGCUACAGCUAGUAAUACCGGACGACGAAGAUGCUCCGGCUGUUGCUCCCCUCGGAUCUCUAGAUACUUUAGUCUCAGAUGCGUUUUGAUUCUUGCUUUUUCCGCCGCCGUCUUCCUCUCCGCCUUGUUUUGGUUGCCUCCAUUCCUCGGAUUAUCAGAUCGUGAGGAUCUAGAUCUCGAUCCAAGGUUUAAAGAUCACAGAAUAGUGGCGAGUUUUGAUGUUGAAAAACCAGUUUCGUUCUUGGAAGACAAUUUGUUGCAGCUUGAGAAUGAUAUCACCGAUGAAAUAAGCUUUCCCAUGACCAAAGUUGUGCUAUUAGCCCUUGAACGCUUGGGUAAUCUGAACAGAACGAUGGUUAUUUUUGCCAUUGAUCCCGAGAAGAAGAAUUCCAAGAUACCCGCCGAAAUCGAGAGUCUGAUCAAGGCAGCUUUUGAAACUCUGGUCCAAAAGCAGUUGUCUUUCCGUUUGACUGAAUCCUUGUUCGGGCAACCUUUCUAUUUUGAAGUUCUAAAAUUCCCAGGAGGAAUCACUGUGAUCCCUCCUCAGCCUGUAUUCCCCUUGCAGAAAGCGCAGAUUAUCUUCAACUUCACAUUAAACUUUUCAAUUUACCAAAUCCAAUCGAACUUCGAGGAACUCACUAGCCAGCUGAAGAAGGGUAUAAAUCUGUCUCCCUAUGAGAACUUGUACAUAACAUUGUCAAAUUCUAGAGGCUCAACAGUGGCGCCUCCCACUAUAGUUCAUUCUUCUGUUCUGCUUACAUUCGGUACCUCUUCAAGGUUGAAGCAGCUUGCUCAAACUAUCACUAGCUCCCAUUCCAAAAACCUCGGCCUAAACCACACCGUAUUUGGCAAAGUUAAGCAAGUCCGUCUUUCCUCAUUCGUGCCACCAAAUUCACCCGCCACAUCAUCACCCCCUUCCCCUUCCCCAUCUCCUCAACCUGAAACCCACCAACCACACUACCAUCAUCACCACCAUCAUCACCGUCACCACCAUCAUGAGCUUGCUCCAGAGCCUUCACCUGCAAGUAAGAGCUCCACACCUGCGACUAAGAGCCUUGCACCUGCACCAGCGCCAACCAAACACUCACAUUUACCCCCGAGAAACCCGCCUUGCCCUUACGAGCAGAGGAGACCAAAAGGAAACAAUGCUCCGAACCAUCACACUGCAGCACCAACGCCUGCACCACACCGGUCUCGGCAACACGCACCAGCACCGAACCCUACCAGGCCACGUCAUCAUGCCAUUCCAGUAUCUAGUCCACUUCCCCACGUCGUAUUUGCUCAUAUCCCACCUCCAGCGAGAAACACCCCAGAGUCAGAACCAACCGGUGAAAAAACUCCCUCACCUUCUCCUACUCCAUCUUCGGCGAGCAUCGGUCCAACCUUCAAAAGGGCAUCAUCGAAGCUGCUUGUAAUAGUAGCCGUUGUAAUCAUCUGUCUGUAA